AUUUCAUCCAUUCUCCGGAGAUGUGCGAAUUCCCACUACUAACUUUUGGAAGCUUCCCCCUCUCGUGAUCACACUCUUCACUUCCUGUUUGCACAGACAACUCCUUUAGACCCGAGUCAUCGAGCGUACUUGGCCAUCAUGCUGGGCACGAUUCUUGCCUUUGUGGCGCUGUUAGCCCUCUACUUUAUCGGCAGCGCCAUCUACAACGUCACUCUCCAUCCGCUGGCCGAUGUGCCGGGCCCCAAGAUCUGCGCCAUUACUCGCAUUCCCUACUGGCGUGUCGCAUUGAAAGGCGACGACAUAGAAUGGAUGAAAAGCUUGCACGAAAAUUUUGGCCCUGUCGUUCGUUUUGGUCCCACGGACUUGAGUUACACGGCCGGAGAGGCUUGGAAUGAUAUUCACGGGCCCAAGGUGACAGAGAAAGCCCAAGAGUUUUCAGUCCAACCUGUCAAUGGUGUCCCAAGUAUGCUCACGGCGAACACGGAAGACCACUCUCGUGUUCGCCGCCUCUUCUCACCUGCGUUCUCGGAACGUGCGUUGAGGCAACAGGAGCCUCUAUUCCGGAAGUACGUGGAUCUUCUCAUGUAUAAGAUAAGCGAGGUUGGCAAGGAGGGAGGAAAGCCCGUGGAAAUGACCCAAUUGCUCAACUUUGCGACAUUCGACGUCAUGGCCGAACUCUGUUUCGGUCAGCCCCUCGGUUUGCUGGCAAAGAACGAAUACAGCCCCUGGGUCAGGUCAAUCUUCGAGUCACUCAAGAUGUUGCCCAUUGUCUCCAUCAUCAACUACUACCCCAUCCUGACCGCCAUAUUCAACCGCUUCGAGCCGAAGUCCGUCGUGGAGCAGCGCAUCACUCACUGCAAGCACUCCGAAGACCGCGUCAACCAACGACUACAGGAUGGCUCUGACCAGCCUGAUGUCUGGAACUUGGUUUUAGCGGCCAAGGAAGGCAAAGGUCUUUCCCUUGAGGAGAUGCAUUCAAACUCUGAGAUUUUCAUGCUUGCCGGCUCGGAGACGACAGCUACACUCCUCAGCGGUUGCCUCUACAAUCUGCUCAUCCACCCGGAGAAAAUGAAGACGCUCCUCGAAGAGAUCCGAGGCAACUUCACAAAGCUGGACGAACUAACGUUCGAGCGCCUUCAGGAGCUGAAGUACAUGAACGCCUGUCUGAAGGAAGCGCUGCGCGUCUACCCUCCAGUGCCCAUCGGUAGUCCCAGAGUGGUGCUCCCUGGUGGACAACAGAUUCUUGGCAAAUGGGUUCCCGCCGACACGCGCGUGUCAGUUCACCACUGGUCAACAUACAAAUCUGAGUCCAACUUCAAGAACGCCGAAACUUUUACCCCGGAAAGGUGGCUCAAAACGGACCCCACCUAUGCAGGGGACGCUCUGGAAGCUCACCAGCCGUUCGGCUUCGGACCGCGAAACUGCCUGGGCCAGAACAUGGCAAUGCACGAGAUGAGACUGAUCCUGGCUACCCUCCUCUUCUCGUACGACCUCGAACUAUGUGAGGAAAGCCGGGAUUGGAAGAACCAAAAGGCUUUCGCGCUGUGGAUCAAGAAUCCGUUGAUGAUUCGGGCCAAGCCUUUGGUUGCACAAACUAGAAUGAAAAUCUGAAAGGCGCACGUUACCUUCGAGAAGAGAUCGU